AUGACAAAGGGAGGAUAUGGUAUUAUUUAUAAAGCAACUUGGUCAAGUAAAAGUGAAACUGUCGUCUUAAAAAGAUUUAAAAAUUCGAAAUAUUUCUUAAAUGAGAUAAAAUCAAUUAAGUGUUUUAAAGGCAAAAAGAGUCGAUUACAUGGAAUAAAGAAAAUUAUAUAUUUUACAUCAAAUUUCAAUGGACUUGAAACUAUUCAUAAUAAAAAAUUUAUACAUCGAGACUUUCAUAGUGGAAACAUAUUUAAAUCAUCAAAUGAUGAAAUAUAUGGAGUAAUACCUUAUAUUGCGCCGGAAAUAUUUAAAGGGUCUAAAUUUUCUAAAGAAGCUGAUAUUUAUAGUUUUGGUAUGAUUAUGUGGGAACUUACAACAGGUUGUAAACCUUUUAAUAAUGUUAAACAUAAUAUUCAACUUAUUUAUAAAAUUCUUGAUGGAGAACGACCUAAAAUUACAGAAGAUACACCAGAAUGUUAUGUUAAUUUAAUGAAAAGUUGUUGGGAUUCUGAUCCAAAAAAGAGACCUUCUAUGGAAGUCAUUCGUUUGACUGUUGGUAGGUGGGAAUUUGAAAAUGUAAAUGAAAAAGAAUUUAACCAAGCUGAGAAAGAAAAAAAGAAAUUGAUAGAAUUAAAGAAGAUUGGGCCGGAAUUUGCUGAAAAAAUGUCAUCCAGAAGCUAUUUAUACAAGUAUUCAAAAAAAAAUGUUGAUUUUAAUUUAAAAUAUUAUAGUAUAAUUUACAAGAAAAUGUUGUACUCUUUAGAUGCUAAUUAUAUCUCUGAACUAGAGAGUAAUAUAGACACUAAAAGUUUAUGGUCACAAAAAUUAAAUUCUGCAAUUCAAAAUUUUUCAAUCUCUUCGGAUUCUAAUUAUAUUUCAACAGAAUUAGAGCUUGAUAUAGACACUGAAAGUUUCUUAUCACAAAAUUUAAAUUCUACAAUCCAAAAAUUUUCAACCUCUCUAAAAAAGCGAGGAAAUGAAGAAUUUUUAAAUGUUGAUACUCAUGAUAAUAAUGGAAAACGUAUUAAAACUAGUUUUAAUUAUCCAUAA